CAACUCACUUGCAACCUCUACGCCAACAACCACUUAGCACAUCAAUCCCGGAUUGAUUCGCUACAAUGGCCUUCACCAAGACCGUUAAGAACAAUGCGUACUAUUCGCGGUACCAAGUCAAGUACAGGCGCCGACGGGAGGGCAAAACUGAUUAUGCGGCUCGCAAGAAGCUUAUCGCCCAGGCCAAGAACAAGUACAAUGCCCCCAAGCACCGACUAGUUGUUCGCUUUACCAACAAGGACAUCAUUUGCCAAAUCGUCAGCUCUGAGCUGAAUGGUGACCGCGUUGUUGCCGCUGCCUAUGCACAUGAGCUCAAGCGAUACGGUAUCACUCAUGGUCUCACCAACUGGGCAGCCGCGUACGCCACUGGUCUCCUCGUCGCUCGUCGCACUCUUAAGAAGUUCGGCCUGGAUGAGGACUUCCCCGGUGUAGAGGAGCCAGACGGUGAAUACACUUUGACGGAGGCAACUGAGGGUGACGAGGGACGACGUCCAUUCAAGGCAUUCCUUGAUGUCGGUCUCGUUCGCACUUCAACGGGUGCCCGUGUCUUUGGUGCGAUGAAGGGUGCUUCCGACGGUGGUCUUUACAUCCCGCACUCGGAGUCUCGCUUCCCUGGUUACGACAUUGAGACCAAGGAGCUUGAUUCCGAGAUUCUGCGCAAGUAUAUCUUCGGUGGCCACGUCGCCGAAUACAUGGAGACGCUUGCCGACGAUGAUGAGGAGCGUUACAAGACGCUAUUCGCUGGCUACAUCGCAGACGAGAUUGAAGCUGACGGUCUCGAGGAGCUGUACGCUGAGGCUCACAAACAAAUCCGCGAGGAUCCGUUCAAGAAGGACGAAAAUGAGGGCGAUAAGAAGGACAAGGAGUACUGGAAGGCUGAGAGUAAGAAAUACAAGAAGCCUAAGCUGACAGCUGCGGAGAGACGCGAGCGCGUUAAAGCCAGGAUCGAGGAGCUCAAAGAGGAGAUGGAAUAAAAUAUGGAUAUAUAUGUGCAGUUGCCAGGAUGGGAGCUGAAAAGGUCUCGUUCAAUGCAAUGGUGGCUCGACCAACGUCAAUACAAGAUAAAUUUAUUCAUUUAGCAUAGCACGGCAUGGUCAGCUUGCUUCGCGUACGUCGACGCAAGCUACAGUGUCUUCCGUUCGGUGAAUAACGGCGGCGUCAGGGAGUGAACAGUCUCGAUAGGCAGGACCAUGAAAAGAGAAAUUGAAUCACGGUUUUCCAACG